AAGGCUUUUUAAUUCUUGAUUUUGAUCUUGUAUGUCUUUAUCUUCUUCUUUGUGUCUCCAUUAAACAGAUCUGCUUUGUUAUUCUAGAUAUGGUAUUUAUCUUCUUCUUUGUAUGGGUUUUGGAUCGAUGAAUUCUCAAUACUUCGGUAACUACACCGAUCUCCUUAAUAGCGAGUCACCGGUUAUUGAAGAAGUUGAUGGUUUCGAUCCUGCCAUACAAACUAAAAAUGAUGUGGAUCUUCGUACACGCAAAUCACAAAGGACAAGGAAUUUCACUCGAGAUGAAGAUAUAUUUAUCGUGUCCGCGUGGUUAAAUACGAGUAAAGAUGCUAUUAGUGGAGUUGAUCAAAGCAUGAAUAGAUUUUGGGGGAGGAUUUAUGAGCAAUUCAUUUCAUUCGGAGGUCAAGAAGGACGCACCGAAGCUUCUAUUAAAAAUCGGUGGCGGGAUAUUAACGCAAAAUGUGCAAAAUUUAUUGGGUGCAUUAAACAAAUUGAUGAUAGACACCAAUCGGGCCAAACUGAACAAGGAGGGUUGAGUGAAGCAAGAGAACUUUAUAGUUCGAACAAUGGCGGAAAGCCAUUUCAACUUGAUCAUUGUCUUGAUAUACUUAAGCAUGAAAUGAAAUGGCUUGAAUCUACUAUAUCAAAAAAUAAGCAAACUUGUGCUAACUAUGAUGAUAUUGGCGGUGAUGUAAAUAAUUCACAAGAUCAUAGUGAACCAUCCACCAACCAGAGGAGGCCUUUGGUUGUGAAUACAUCAAAGUUACACAUUGGUGUCCGAGUAUGGAUUUCUCUUAAGCAACCGUACGUUAUUGAGAGUCUGGAGGGAUGUCAUGUUAGUGUUGAUCCUCGUAUUCACUGGUCGGGAAAGUUGGACCAAUAUGGAACAUGGCUGAGGGCGGAAGCUUGUCUACGUUCUCGCACAGUUCUUCCACCAUGGCAAAAAGCUCAGUCACCAGUCACUUCCCCUCCAUUGUUGAGCACUCCUGCACUAGUACUGUCAUGGUUUUAUAUGUCUUUUCCUUCGAGCCCGGCGGCUCAAUCUUUCAUUCCCACGACCAAUGCCCCUUCCAGUAGAACUAUUACAGCCAUCGAAGAUGAGUCUCCUAGUCCACAUCCUGCUGCGCCUCCUACUGCACCCAAUGGUCAUCAAUCCGCUCUCAAGUACUACACUCACCGGCCAAAAACCAAAGUUGUUCCUUCAACCGAUUUACCAUCUUCUUCCCUACUGUUUCAAUUUCAAAUCCAGAAGGGUGAAAUUAGAUAA